CUUUCCUUCAGACUUUCACCCCAAGGGACUCGAACUCACAUCUUUCCAAAGGUAGACGCCAAACUGACGUCAGAGCACCCGUAAGUUGACGUGUGCUCACCACCCCCCCAUCGUGACCGUCACGCACACAGAGAGAGAGAGGGAGAGAGCGCACAAACCAGCCCUCCCCAUCAGCAGUAUUUCCUUUCCUUGGCGGACCAAUAACGCGCAGUUUCACGUUCCCUCACCUCAGCCAGCUGUUUCUUAAGGAUUAAACAGAGAACACCUCUGAACAGUUAUAUCUCGGAGUGUUUUGGCUGCUUUCUUUUGGUGCAUCUAAGCUGUUUGUAUAUUGUGUUUUGUUGGGUUUUUUUUUUCUCACCUGAUUGAAUUUCCUCUGAGAUGGAAAUGAGAUGUCGUCCAGCGGUGAUGUGUUGUGUUUUUGCCAUCCUUUGCUCCGUGCUUCCCCGGUCCCUGGCGUCCUCUUACAGGGACAGGCAGUACCUGAACGAGUGGGCAGUGGAGAUUCCAGGCGGACUGGCUGCUGCGGAGGCGAUCGCCAAAGAGCUGGACUACCAGCUGGUCCGACAGAUUGGGGCCCUGCAAGACCAUUUCUUGUUCAAACACCGCAAUCAUCCUAGCAGAAUGAAACGAAGUGCUGACCACAUCACCAGGCGGCUGUCGGAAGAUGAUCGGGUGUUGUGGGCAGAGCAGCAGUACGAGAAACGUCGCAACAAGCGAGCGUCCUUCAGGGAGUGCAGGGACUGCCCUGUGGAUAAGCUGUUUGAUGAUCCCAUGUGGAACCAGCAGUGGUACCUUCAAGACACGCGGACUUCUUCCUCGCUGCCGAAGCUGGAUCUGCAUGUGAUCCCCGUGUGGCAGAAAGGCAUCACUGGAAAAGGAGUGGUCAUCACCGUUCUGGACGAUGGACUGGAGUGGAACCACACAGACAUCUACUCCAACUACGACGCAGCAGCCAGCUAUGAUUUCAACGACAACGACCCGGACCCGUUCCCCAGAUACGACUCCACUAAUGAGAACAAACAUGGGACCAGGUGUGCUGGGGAGAUCGCUAUGCAGGCAGACAACAAUAAAUGUGGAGUUGGAGUGGCAUACAACUCCAAGGUUGGAGGAAUCCGUAUGCUGGAUGGGAUUGUGACAGAUGCCAUCGAGGCCAGCUCUAUUGGGUUCAAUCCAAACCAUGUGGACAUCUACAGCGCCAGCUGGGGACCCAACGACGAUGGCAAGACAGUGGAGGGCCCUGGCCGCCUGGCCCAGAAGGCAUUUGAGUACGGCAUCCAGAAGGGCCGCGGUGGGAAAGGCUCUAUCUUUGUUUGGGCAUCGGGUAACGGUGGCCGUCAGGGCGAUAACUGUGACUGUGAUGGUUACACAGACAGCAUCUACACUAUCUCAAUCAGCAGUGCCUCCCAGCAGGGCCUGUCCCCAUGGUAUGCUGAGAAGUGCUCCUCCACUCUAGCCACAGCAUACAGCAGUGGAGACUACACCGACCAGAGGAUUACUAGUGCUGAUCUGCACAAUGAGUGUACUCAGACUCACACUGGAACGUCGGCCUCGGCCCCCCUGGCUGCUGGAAUAUUUGCCCUGGCACUGGAACAAAACCCAGAUCUUACUUGGAGAGACCUGCAGCACAUUGUGGUCUGGACCUCAGAGUUUGAUCCUUUGGCCAAUAACCCUGGCUGGAAGAGGAACGGCGCAGGACUCAUGGUCAACAGCCGCUUCGGCUUUGGCCUUCUUAAUGCUAAAGCCCUUGUGGACCUCGCUGACCCGGCCACCUGGAAGCAUGUGCCUGAAAAGAAGCAAUGUAUCGUCAGGGAUGAUUCGUUCCAGCCCAGGGAGCUGAAAGCAGCAGGGGAGAUCACUAUAGAGAUUCCAGUCAAAGCAUGUGAGGGGCAAGAGAACGCAGUCCGCUCAUUGGAGCAUGUGCAGGUGGAGGCAAGCAUUGAAUACACCAGGAGAGGAGACCUGCACAUAACACUCACCUCCCCAGCUGGUACCACUACGGUGCUGCUUGCUGAGCGUGAAAGGGACACGUCCUCUAAUGGCUUCAGAAACUGGGACUUCAUGUCUGUUCAUACAUGGGGAGAAGAUCCUUCUGGAACAUGGACAUUAAAGAUUACAGAUACUUCGGGCCGUAUGGAGAACGAGGGUCGGAUUUUGAACUGGAAGCUGAUUCUUCAUGGAACAUCAGAGAAGCCGGACCACAUGAAGAAACCAAGAGUGUACACUCCCUACAAUGCUGUGCAGAAUGACCGCCGUGGUGUGGAACAUAUGGAUGACAUGAUGGAGCCCACACAGGCGUAUUCACCUGCAAAGACUGACACUGCACAAGCCUCCCUGCCUUCCAACCCAGAGAAGGAGCCCAAAAAACCUUCAAAUUCACCCUACUCCCCCUCCCUGGCCCUGCUGCGUCUCCUUCAGACGGCCUUCAAUAGGCAGACCCCUGCCCUGCAGCAGUCCCAGUCUGUAGCCAGGUCCUCCUCUGCCUGGAGGAAGCAGCAAUCAAGGCAGAGCCUCUCUCCCCCUGCAACAAGACUUCCCCCUAAGACGUUAUACCAGGCUCUGGACAUGAUCAACAAGUACCGGGGCUCCGAGGACAGUGUCUACAGUGACUACACUGAUGGCUUCUACAGCACCAAGCCGUACAGGCACAGAGAUGACCGACUGCUGCAGGCCUUGUUUGAGAUGAUAGAUAAUGACCGCAAGUGAAGGAUGGAGAGAAGAGGAGAGGAGAGGAGAGGAGAGGAGAGGAUAUAAGGGGAAGCAUCGCUAUGUGUUGGUUGGGGAGCAGAGGAACAAGGCAAAGAGAAGACAGAAAACAGAGGGAUAGGAUCAAGCAUGAGAGGAGUGGACGAGAAGAGAAGAAAUACAAGAAAGAGAACUCUUCCACUCAGUUCAGUUUUCCCCCAAAAUGCUGCAAUUCUUUUCUCUUUACCUUAAUUUACCAAACACCAUUCAUUCAUUCAUUCAUUCUUUUAGUCAAUCAUGCAAAAUUACCAAUCCACACAGGAUUCAAAACAUGGAAUUUGUUUCUCUGCUACAAACUGUGUCUGAAGUGAAAGCAUUUAAAUCCUAAGAAAAGGGAGGAAGGCCUUGUCUCUCUUCUCUUCACUGCCUGCUCAAGCAUGCCACCUUUAGAAUAUAAGUUAUUGUUAUUAGUAUCUAUAUAUUAUCUAUAUAUUAUACAAAGACAAUGAUUGUAAUAUGGUUUUGGAAACACAGCUUCACUUUUCAAAAAUUCUGUUUUUGUUUGCAUUAUGC